AAUUUCUCUUUUAAUAUUCCAUAUGUUAGUGCCUGCUACUAUGUGGAAGCUAUACAACACACUGACAGCCUUGCUGUUAGCUGGCAUCGCUUCGCUGCUGUCGUUUAACGCAAUGUUCAACAUCCUGGACCACGAAGGGAGAUGUACCACACAGCACCUAACGUACAUGUGUGGUUUGUACGCUGACGGGAAAGUCCAGGGGCCGCUGUGCGAGGCCAUGUGCUCCAAACAGCUGACUGUCCACAGCUGCCUCAGUAACCGACCUGAGAAACAUGUCCUCCACGUGUCCUGGGAGCAAAGAGGACCAUGGGAUACAUCACGUGACCAGCCUGACGUCAUCCUAAAGUUUGUCAGCAGCUGGUACGAGACGGUCAACCAGCCGCAACCUUUACCGGACACAAAUCUUAACCAUUCCUUCCUCAUAGAGAGACAGGCGCAUUACAUUUGCAUGGAAAAUUUCCAAAGCGAUGGAUCGUGCCACAGCUUUGGGCUAAGGACUGUGUUAUAUGCUGACGGAGACUCUGAUGGGAAAGUUUCACAGAGCGAAUUCUCCAACAUGUACAGUUUACUGAUGCAGCAGGAAUUCUUCACGCUACUGGCCCUGAACAGCAGCGAAUCCACGUUAGACAUGUUCGGGUACUGUGGAGGAUUCUACGCCGUGCAGAAGAUCGAGCACACCUGCGACAAAAUCUUUGGGAGAAAUGAUCACAUCCUUGACGUCCUACCACCUAUCUUCACAGAUAAUAUCAACGAAAUGCUAGUUCCCAUGCUUAACAAGUACAGCGAGUAUUCUGCAGAAUAUCUAUACCGUAACUUCCAGCAAGUGCGAAUCCCAGACUGGCAAGAAAGGGUCGACUUCAUCACACAGGGGUUCAGAGUUCUGUACGACUUCGGCUCGCAGUAUGGCACAACGGUACGAUGUUGCGACAGCCACCUUGGUAACUAUGGAAUCACUGACUCCGGGAGGGUAAAGUACAUCGACAUGGACGCGGUGUUGUCGACAAAGGCAGCUUCGUUGCUCCUCAAUAACACGCAGUGUGAAACAGACGAAGACUGUGAGAUUCCGGAUUAUGACGACUGUUCCUCCAAGUGCGACACAAAUCUAGGACGUUGUCGUGACGUCAUGAAGCAAAACGACCUUCACAACUUCUGUACGGUGACCUUGCCACACGUACUACUUGAGGAAUCAGUGGUUCAAGAUCUGGCUGUAGACAAGAAGCUUGUCAAAGAGUUGUGGCAACUGGUUGUCGAGUGUCGAAGGCUGCCGUUGUACACUACAGUUGAGGACUACAGAGAAAAGAGUAUCCAGUACGUGUGGAACAAAUUCGACCGAAUUGUGCGGGACUUUGAAUCUGUGCAAUAGAACAGACUCCUUCUUUCAAGCUUGUAGAUUUGCUGGACAGUAAACUGGUUCAUGGGUUUCACUGCAUAUAUGCAGCCAGAUUCCUCUCCAAGCAGAGGUUAGUCUCCGGCUGUUUUUAAAACGUUUUUUAGUCGUUUUUA